AUAUUGCUGUUGUAGAGAUGAGUGAUGCCUUCCGUCAGCCUUCCCUGUUCUACCACCUGGGAGUCAGGGAGAGCUUCAGCAUGGCUAACAACAUCAUUCUCUACUGUGACACAAAUGCAGAGUCUCUGCAGUCACUGAAGGUGUACUGCUGUGAUAGCAGUUUCAUGAAGGGACUGACAGAGCUGAUGCCUCCCGGUUUAGAGUCGCUUCUUGGGCCUAUAUGCUUACCUCUGGUGGAUCGAUUUAUCCAGCUCUUGAAGGUGGCACAGGCCAGUUCAAGCCAGUAUUUCCGGGAAUCCAUUCUGAAUGACAUCAGGAAGGCUCGUACCCUGUACAUGGGUAAAGAUCUCGCAGCAGAGCUGGCAAGGAUUCGACAGCGAGUGGACAAUGUUGAAGUCUUGUCUGCUGACAUCGUAAUAAACUUGCUGCUGUCCUACAGAGACAUCCAGGAUUAUGAUUCUAUUGUGAAACUGGUGAAAACUUUAGAAAAACUGCCUACGUUUGACUUGGCUUCCCACCACCAUGUGAGGCUGCAUUAUGCAUUUGCGCUCAACAGGCGAAAUCUGCCUGGAGACAGACAGAAAGCUCUAGAAAUUAUGAUUCCCCUGGUAGAACAGGACGACCAAGUAGCUUCAGAUAUGUACUGUCUGGUUGGUCGAAUUUACAAGGACAUGUUUUUGGAAUCUGGGUUCACAGAUACCUUAAGCAGGGACAAAGCAACAUUCUGGUUCAAGAAGGCAUUUGAGUCGGAGCCAACAUUACCAUCAGGAAUUAAUUAUGCAGUACUGCUUCUGGCAGCUGGACAUUGCUUUGAUACUUCUUUUGAGCUGCGGAAAGUUGGAGUAAAGAUCAGCAGCCUGCUUGGUAAAAAGGGGAGCUUGGAGAAACUGCAGAGCUAUUGGGAAGUGGGAUCUUUCUUGGGGGCCAGUAUGUUGGCUAAUGAUCAUAUAAGAGUGAUCCAGGCUUCAGAAAAGCUGUUUAAGCUAAAGGCACCAGCAUGGUACCUGCAGUCUAUUGUAGAGACUAUUUUGAUAUAUCAGCAUUUCAAGAAACUGACUCCAGAGCAACAUACAGCCAAACAGGAACUUGUGGAUUUCUGGAUGGACUUCCUUGUUGAAGCCACAAAGACAGAUGUGACCGUAGUUCGAUUUCCA